AUACAGACACAAGAGAGUCCAAGUAAAACCAAAAGAGCGUGGCGGCACGAGAGCAAAGGGGAGGGCAAAAAGGCCGACGGAAGAAGGCGGGGAUGCUUUGAAAUCCGCCGCCAAAUCAAACGGCGUCAUCCAAUUAUCGCCCUUCUCGGCCCUUCACCUUCAUCCAUCUCUCCCUUAUUAAUCCAGCACGUCAUACGACCCAUCCCAAUUCCUCGAAUUCUAGCCUUUCGAAUUCGCUCGCUCGCUUUCUCGCUCGUACCCGGUUAAUUAUGUCCUCCAAGUCCCGGUGGGCCGACGACGACCCCGAGACCGAAGCCAUCGUCGCCCAACGCAAGCGGGAAAAGGAAGAGAAGCGACGCGCCAAAGCCGAGAAACAACGCCAGCUCGAGCAACGACAAUCUCAACCUCAACCUCCCUCCGAAACCAAUGGUGAUACCGACGCGCCUCCCAAGAAACGCCGACGACUAUCCAAUGAGCCCGCGGAGGACCAGGAGCUGCCCGAGUCCGCCGAUCCAGGAAAUGAGAAACAGCAAGCAUCCCGGGUGAAAUCGAAGCUGCUGCGCUUUCCGGGGCAAGGAUGGGGUCCCUGUCGCCAUGUGGACAAUUUCGAACGCUUGAAUCACAUCGAAGAAGGCUCGUAUGGAUGGGUCAGCCGAGCGAAGGACAUCGUAACCGGCGAGGUCGUGGCUCUGAAGAAACUCAAGAUGGAGAACUCGCCGGACGGGUUCCCUGUGACUGGCCUUCGAGAGAUCCAGACUCUAUUGGAAGCGCGCCAUAAGAAUGUUGUUUAUCUCCGAGAGAUUGUCAUGGGGAAUAAAAUGGAUGACGUUUUCCUAGUGAUGGAUUUCUCCGAGCAUGACCUUAAAACCCUCCUUGAUGACAUGCGCGAGCCAUUCCUCCCCUCCGAAACCAAAACCCUCAUGCUCCAAGUUCUCUCCGGCCUGGGCUUCCUCCACUCGCAAUGGAUCAUGCACCGCGAUCUCAAGACCUCGAACCUCCUCAUAAAUAACCGUGGCGAGCUCAAAAUCGCCGACUUCGGUAUGGCACGAUACUACGGAGACCCGCCUCCGAAGCUGACCCAGCUGGUCGUGACGCUGUGGUACCGGUCGCCAGAGCUGCUUCUCGGCGCUGAGAAGUACGGCACGGAGAUUGAUAUGUGGAGUAUCGGGUGUAUAUUCGGCGAGCUUCUAACCAAGGAGCCAUUGCUGCAGGGCAAGAAUGAAGUCGACCAAGUUUCCAAAAUUUUCGCUCUCACCGGCCCUCCUACAGCCCAAUCCUGGCCUGGAUUUAGAUCCCUCCCAAAUGCGAAAUCUCUCCGUCUUCCACCGACAUCCGAUUCAUCAGGGAGUCUUCCCUUGCUGCCUCGAUCGAAAUUUCCCUUCCUGACGAACGCCGGUCUUCACCUUCUCUCUUCACUAUUGGCGCUGAACCCCAGCAUACGCCCAACCACCCAAGAAUGUCUGUCUCACCAGUACUUCCGCGAAGAUCCCCGCCCUAAGCCUAAGGAAAUGUUCCCCACGUUUCCAUCCAAGGCGGGGAUGGAGAAGCGGAGGCGCCGCGAGACCCCCGAGGCGCCUAAGCGCGGCCAGGACGCUCCGAAGCUGGACUUUGCGAGUGUCUUUGGUGGUGGCCAGGCUGGUGGCGACACGGGGGAGACGGGAGCAGGUUUCACCCUCCGGCUGGGCUAAGUGCAAUCGGUGCCAUUGAAACUGAUGUUUGACGUGACAAACGCACAUACAGACGCAACUCGGUCCCGGCCAAAACACCAUUUUGGUCUGCAAGGAUGUCCCUAGUUUGUGUUGCAAAAUACUAAAGCAACGAAAUACUUGGAGAAUUUGCAUUUUCGAACCAUUCUACCCGAUUUGAUGCUACUCAAUAUAGACGCUGGAGAGUAUUUCUGGGGGUUGUACAUUAAUAUAGAUCAAUGGACUAAUGAUUUUAUCGACGGAAUGCGGCUUCAAUUAGACCAGAGAAAUCCGGGAAACAAGCCCAGCCCGGAAAAGUAUAUUA